UGAAAAUGGGAUGAUGAUCUGUGCGAUAGCUUUCCCUCUUGACGUGUCUUCUCUCCUGGAAGCUGAAAUCUCUAUGGCGUUGUAUGCUAUGAAGUGGGCCAUUUCGAAAGGUUUUUCUAGUUUCAUGGUGGCAAUGGAUGCGGAUAUAGCUGUGCAAUACAUUGAAGAUGGAGGAGCUGGUAGGUGGAAGGUCGAUUUUAAGGAAAGUAUACUUGUUGCCCGGAGGAAGAGGAUCCGAUUUUCCCAUGUUUCAAUCCUUUAAUAAUGUUUCAGACUUACCUAUUGUUCCAAAAAAAAGGCGGAAUCUCCCACCCCAGGAGCCCCCCACCCCGACCCGACAGGAUGGUGGGGAGGUUAGUCACGGUGACUCAGUCAGCAGAAUGGCAGUAGGCCCAUACACACGUGCGCACCAGAGGCCCAGCCUUAUUUCAGGUUCUGUGACAUCCAUCCGGUCGCUACGGGGAUUCGAACCUUGGUCCAUUGUUCCAAAUCUCCCACCACUCGAUCAACUGAACUACCCGUGCGGGUAUGUUUCAGAGUUACCUAGAUUAGCCCAACAGAGUUACCUUGAAGGCUUAUCGAACCUUCAAGGUAGGAGGGGCUGGGGGCAUCGACCAGGCAGAUGUGGGUGGGAUUUUUAAAUUUACAAAAACUGAACCCUAUCCGAUUUUCUCCUAAUAGGUGUUUCUGUGUCCGAUCAGAACCGAAGCCAACCUCCAUCCUCCCUCAUCUCUCUCAUUCGAGCUGCGCAAACUCGCAAAGUUUCCGCUUUUCAAUUCUCCCGAUCUCGCGAACGACGCGAAAAUACGCAGAUACAAUCUUCUCGGGUCGUUUCAGUGGUAUACGAGGAUGGCUAAAACAGCAAGGGAAGAACAAAUAAGCAUCGACAUAGAAGCACAAAGUAUAAAGAUACAGAAGAAAGAUCUGCAAAGCGGCGUCGGAAAGACUCUCUGUGUGCUUACGUUCCAUGAACUAUAUGUGGUUAAUAUAAACACAAAUUGUUUCGGGAUUGGCGGAAUCAGCAACAAUGAUAUUUGCACUGCAAUAGAUCUGCCAAAUUUGAUAAUGGGUAUGGUGGCAAUUAAGUCUAAGAUAUUGUUGGUAGGCGGUCAAGAGCUUAUUAAAGAUGGUAUUGGUAAACGCUUUCGUACAGAUCGUAAAUAUAAUCAAUUUUUUUCCAGUAAAGUCUAUGAGCUGAAGCAAGAUACCAAGUCCAUGACAGUAGCUGCUUCAGAGGUCAUCCCGAAUCUAAAUGAGGGAAAGGGAAUGCCCAUUGUCCAAAAAUUCGGCAGCAAGAUAUUUGUACUCCAUAGCAUGGGCCAUUUCAAACCAAAUGUGCGCAAUUCUUGUACCGAAAAAUGCAUUUUUGAAGUAUAUGAUUUUUCUUCUCCUACAGAAGGGUGGGUUGCUAAAUUAUAUACGCCUAUCCAUGAUAUCGUUGAAUCCUCGGGGUGUUACACAGUGAAUAUGUACUGUCGAGUCGGGGACAAGUUAUACUUGAAUGUCGACAGUUCACGUGCAGUGAAGUCCUUUAUUUUAGAUCUAAAGACAGAGAAAUGGUCUGAGGAUGAUUGCUUUUUUGCUAAGUGGACUUUUCGUGCCCUGUUAGAAGUUGGUGUCUCUGUUCCGGGUUUAGAUCAUGGACAGCAUGUCAUUCUUGGAUGUAAAGGGAAUGAGUGGUCCGAAUUCCCACAAUUUUAUGCUUCGCUUUUCACUGAAGGAAAAGGGUUUUCUUGCUAUCAAAGGAUUGAUGACAUCUUCUCUUUGGGAGAAGAGGAGUUAGGUUUUGCAAGCUGUGGAUUUCUUGAGUUGGGGAAUGGUGAGUUCUUUGGCAUCAUGAUAUGUCUGAAUAUAAAAGUGAAGGACUUCUAUCUUGUUGUAUCAACAUUUUGCCUUGACGUGAUUACUACACCUGCACUCUCAUUUCCUCUUUCUGUAAAGUAUCCUUCGGAAACCAAUUUCCUUAGGGUUAACCUCAGGAACCAGCAAAUGUUCAAAUUGGAAAUGCCUCACCGUGAAUACCCAUUUAUUUGUGGAGCAGCAGUUCUUUAGGAGUGGGCUGAUUACUCACGAUGGUUAAACCCAGUAAGAAUCAGGGAGAGGGGUCUAGCUCAAAUAAGGAUAAGGAUCCUGCUUGGCAGUAUGGAAUUAAAUUGAAUCCUCCGGCAGGAAAGACUGGUUAUGUAUAUGCAAAAUGCAAAUAUUGCAAUAAGGUGAUCACCAGUGGAGUGGGGAGACUUAAAGAGCACCUUGCGGGAACACAUAAAAAUGUGGCGCCAUGCAAAAGUGUUCCGGAAAAUGUUAAAAAGGAUGUGCUAGCAAUGUUGAAGAACUAUCAAGAUCAGAAACACGUUAACCUGAAGUUUUUUGAUGAAAUGGUAGAUUCUGGCUCGUACUUUGGAACUGGAGUAACUGGACCUCAACCGCGUGGGCCUAUUGAUCGCCACCGCAAAAGAGCCCCUGCAAAGAAUGUUUGUUUCUAAACAGUGGACUUCAAGUCGUUAUGCAAAAUUAGUUGAGGGGAAGGAGGUUAAAAAGAUUGUGAUGGAUGACAGAACGUUUUGGCCUGGGGUUGCUUACUCAAUAAAAACAUCAAGGCCAUUAGUUGAAGUUUUGAGGAUUGUUGAUGGUGAUGAGCCUGCAAUGGGAUUCAUCUACGGUGCUAUGGAUUCUGCAAAAGAAAAAAUUGCAGAAAAUUUUGGAAAUCAAUAUUCCACUUAUAGUGAGAUUUGGAAGAUAAUUGAUGAGAAGUGGGAGCACCAACUACAUCGGGACUUGCAUGCUGCAGCGUAUUAUUUGAAUCCCAGAUUCAAAUGGGAGGAUGACUUCUCUACUAAUGUGGAGGUUAAGAAAGGUUUGUAUGCUUGUAUGGAGAGGCUUAUUUCUGAUAGUAGUGAUUUUAACCAAGCUGAUGCACAAAUGGAUGAAUAUCGAUACAAGCGUGGACUUUUCGGAAUGAGGGCGGCUCAAAAUUCAUAUAAAACACGUCCCCCAGUGGAAUGGUGGGAUCAAUUUGGAGAUCAUAUUCCAGAACUACGGGCUUUUGCGGUCAAAAUUCUUGGCUUGACGUGUUCUUCUUCCGCUUGUGAACGAAAUUGGAGCACAUUCAAUCAAGUCCAUACGAAGAGAAGGAAUCGUCUUUCAGCCAUUAAGUUGAAUAGUUUGGUAUUUAUAAUGUUCAACAAGAAGUUGAAGUUUAGGAAGAGCAGAUUACAAAAGAAAGAGGAUAAUUUGAUCUUCGAUAAUGUAUCAUCUGAUGAUGAGUGGAUUGCUGAACCGAAUGCAGAUGAUGGAGAAAGUGUGGAUGCACGUGAUGAACUUGCAUUAGUUGUUGAUGAAAUGGACAACGAAUUCAGAGGGGUGGACCUUACAGUUGGAACUGAAGAAGAUAAUGAGGCCCGUGAAAAUGAAGGAGAUGACAAUGAGAAUGACAUUACUAAUUUGGAUACUCAUGAAGAGGACGAUAGGCUUAGUUUUGAAGAUUAAUAGUUCCAAUUUGUCAAUUUGCAAACUUAAACUCCUAAACUUUUAUUUUCUUGUCUUAGAAUUUUAAUGUUUUAUGUUCUUUUGAGUUUUGACUUUGGUAUUUCAGUUUUAUAUUAUUUGGACUUGAAUAUUUUGUAGUUAUGAUAUUUUUACUUGUGAUUUUGUUUAGAUAUGUUAUUGUUAUGAAUUAUCUAUACCUUCUAAUAUGUCAUAGGCUUGUAGAUACACUUAAGCAAUUAAAUUUCGGGGCUUACGCCUCGUUACGCCUCGAGGCUUACGCCUCGGAAGGCUACCCCCGAACGCCUCGAGGCCCGAUUUCGCCUUUCAAAACCUUGCAUAUAAUUAUGUAUUCUGCAUAUAUAGUCUCAGUAGCAGCUGUCAUCCCGCUAUCGACUAUACAACCUGUGAUAGCGUUUUCAUGGUUGGCCGCUAAGCUCCACUAUCCGCGAUUGAUGGCACUGGCUCAAAAACCUUAUAAUUUAUCCCAAGAGCACUCCAUUGGUGUAUGCGUUUUUAGGAAAGAACAAAAAUUUCCGAACUUCUCUUUGCUACUUAUUUAUGAGAAUUGGCUUAAACUCUUAUGUGUUUUUUAAGCCUUUGAUUAAAAAACUAAUCCAUUUAUUUGACCUUUCAAUGAUAGCAGAUUGGAUGGUGAUUAUUAGACAGACAAACAAGAUUAUCCUGGGGUCUCCAAGAAAUCUUUAUUGCUUACUAUGUAUUUUAGCAGGCAGGUGAUGUUUGGCAGUUAUUUAUAGAUAGUGCAAUUGUGAUUUAUAUGUUCUUGUUUGUAGAGGGCAAACUCAAAUGUCCAAUCUGAACCCAAAUGGGAUUGGAAGAUUUCUGUGAUAUUCCUAUUAGUUAUGACUCUUCAAUUUG